AUGGCAACACAGCUCCCGCCGUUGCCGCAGGCAUCACGGUCCGGGCCCGCGGGCGGCCUGGGCGGUGCUGCGUUUGCCGGAGCCGGCGCCACCGGUCGAUCUGUGACCGGAUCACGCCUUCUCAAUCGACGUCGCAUCUCUGCCGCCACCUCUCUCAACCCCAAGCGCCACACCCUGCGUACCGUCGCCGUUGAUAAUGACUUUGCCACCGCAACUAUCGCGCCCAUCCCCGUGGCCUAUGCCGAGUUUUUUCGCCUCAGUAGCUCCCAGAACAGCCUGGGGCUUGACUUUAGCGGCGACGAGCAGCUCCUGCACCUGACCACCCACGCUCUAGUCAAGAGCGAAGCAGCCCUUCGUCAACGCAAAUUCGACUCGGCUGUCGCCGCUCGCCAUCAGCUCGCACAAGCCUUUGCCAUGCGCGGCGCCUGGCAAGCUGCCCUGGAGCAGCACGAGCAUGCCGUCGCCGCAGCUCGCUUUGGCGACAGUCGUGCUGUGCUUGCUGAAUGCCUUCUUGAACUCGGCCAUUGUCAAGAAAAAAUUGGUGAGAUUCAGAAUGCGGUGGGGUCGUUGCGCGAGCUCGUUCAAAUGGCCACGGCCGACGUCGACCCCAGCGCCGCGCCAGCCGACGACGCUGCGCCCUCUUCCGAAGCACUUGAACGUUUGGCUGACAUUGCCAUUGCUGGGCAAAAGUCGCUCUGCCGGCUUUUGCUGGCACACAUCCAGCAAUUGUGGCACGAGGCAAAUCCCAAUGAUGCCGACGUUCAUGCCACCGUGGCCCGCAGCUUUGAGGAAGCCCUGGGUGCCGCCCGUGCUUGCAAUGACACCGCUAGCCAGCGUUGCGUGUAUCUUCGCCUCGGCGACUUUUACCAAGACAUCGCGCAACUCGACGCUGCCAUUGAGAACUAUUCACGUUGCCUUGAGCUGCUGAGUGAUGGCACGCCAGAUGGCUCAAGUCAAAUGUCUGCUUGUCUCGGACUCUCAAGCUGUUAUGAUCAACAACAACAAUACGAUAUGGCCGGGCAGUAUCUUGAGCGUCUGGUGGAGCUGAGCCGGCACCAGGGCUCGCAUCACAUGACCGCUGAGACGUGCAGUCGACUGGCCAGCUUGCACGCACGUUUGGGCAAGUUUGACCGAGCCUUGCUCUGGAACGAAGAGGCUCUGGGCGCUGCCACUCUAGUGCAGGACCAACCAGAGCUGGUGAACAAGAUUAAAGCCCGGUUCGCCGUAGCCCAAUCGCAAGCCAUGCUUGUCGACUUUAAGCGGUAA